AUGGAAUUGACCUCAACCCUGGGUUCAAAUCUAACUCUCUCUCUCCUCUCCCUGUCCUCUCCCUGUCCUCUCCCUGUCCUCUCCCUGUCCUCUCUCUGUCCUCAGCACUAUACCAAAGAUGCAGAUGGUCUCUGCACCAAACUGAUCAAGCCGAAGCUGGAGGAGGGAACUGUAGCAGCCCAGGAUGAGUUCUCUAGGAGUGGCUGGGCUCUGAACAGGAAGGAACUUAACAUUCAGCAGUCCAUAGGCAAGGGAGAGUUUGGAGAUGUGAAGGUGGGAGACUACAGAGGGACCAAAGUAGCUGUGAAGUGUAUCAAGCAUGAUGCCACGGCUCAGGCCUUCAUCGCAGAGGCCUCAGUUAUGACGCAGCUGAGACACAAUAACCUGGUUCAGUUGAUAGGUGUCAUCGUUGAGGAGACUGGAAGCCUGUUUAUUGUCAGCGAGUACAUGGCCAAGGGCAGUCUAGUGGACUACCUGCGCUCCAGAGGCCGGACGGUGAUCUUCGGGGAUUGUCUACUCAAGUUCUCACUUGACGUGUGUGAGGCCAUGGAGUAUCUGGAGGCCAAUAACUUUGUCCACAGAGACCUGGCGGCACGUAACGUUCUGGUGUCUGACGAAAACAUCGCGAAGGUCAGCGACUUUGGCCUGACCAAAGAGGCCUCAUCCAAUCAGGACACGGCCAAACUGCCCAUCAAGUGGACCUCCCCAGAGGCUCUGAGGGAAAAGAAAUUCUCCACCAAGUCAGAUGUGUGGAGCUAUGGGAUCUUGCUGUGGGAGAUCUACUCCUUUGGCCGAGUGCCUUACCCCAGAAUUCCUCUGAAGGAGGUGGUACCACGCGUAGAGAAGGGCUACAAGAUGGACGCCCCGGACGGCUGUCCCGAGGUGGUGUAUGAAGUCAUGAAGCAGUGCUGGACCCUGGACCCCCUGGUGCGACCUCGCUUCAGAGUCCUCCGGGAGAAACUGCAUCAUAUCCUAGCCAAGGAGCUCUACCUUUGAGAGGAUAGGAAUAGGAGGAAGGGGAGAGAGGACAAGGAGCUCUACCUUUGAGAGGAUAGGAAUAGGAGGAAGGGGAGAGAGGACAAGGGUGGCUCUCCUUUCAUUGAGGAAGAGGGGGAGGUAGAGAAAUGACUAGGGAGGACAGACAAGGAUUGCUCUUCUUUUGUGAUGGGACCUGCCUUUAUCAAGACCUCAGUCAGAGAUCUUCCUUCCUCCCUUUAUUUUUCUCCAUAAAUGAAAGAUUCCCACCAGAUUGUGUUAAAGUUCACUGCUUUUCUGACUUGAUGUUUUAUCAUUUCUCAUUCUGUUGAAAUGUUUUUGCCACAUGUUGGCAUCCCCCCCCCCCCUCCCACCUCAGGGUUGCCUGUACUACAGUACAGUAGUGGGUGUGUCUGUCUGGCUGACUACAGUGUUUACCCGGUGUCAAACAAACCAAUCCUGCCCUGUUGUGAGGUACUAUACUCCUUUCACACUCUCGCACCGUGCUGGCUCAAAUAUGUUAUUUUUUUACAUUAGAUGUAUAACCAGGCCAGUGCAGUAGGUAGAGCUUGGCUCAGUAGUGUGACUCCACCCCGAGCCAGGUAAUACACUUCCCAUGUCCCUGCGCUCUACCCAUACGGGUUAAGAGAGUAUUUAACUGGGGUAUUAAUCUGUGCCAAAGUGCCUCCAGAACGAACGCAGGACUAUCCCCACAGACACAUCACGCCUCUACACGCUUGCCUUUCUUUCUUUCUAUUUUUUUAUGUUUUAUACAUUGUCUAUUUUCAUUCCACAUCCUUCUCUCUUAUGGACAAGUGUUCAUCUCACAUUUACCAAACUGGAAAGCAGGACAAGUCCUCCAGGAAAAAGUAUUUGAUGACCUGUAACAUGACAAAGAGCAUGGGUACCAGAGGGAAAAUACAUUCUGGAGAAGGAAAAAAAAAAACAUUUUUUUGUAACAGAUAAAUUUAAGGGCAAGUGUAAGGGUCUUGGAAUAUUCAGAGUAAAAUAAAUAAAGUUAAGAACUCAAGGGAACUGUGCAUGUGGGAUGAAAAGCCCUGAUUUAUAAUGUUAUUUUUACUUUGCUGAGAUGAUUAAAUCAUUCCACUUAAAUGUUU